GACGCAGACGGUCCAGAGACGACCCGGUCCCCCGCUGGACGGGCUGCAGGUCUGGUGUGAUGACCAAUGGGCUGCGGGCGUGGGCGGGGCUAGGAUGAGUGCGGAGCCGCUAUUGGAGGAGACGCUGAUCAAGCGUUCGCAGCAGAAGAAGAGGACGUCUCCCCUGAACUACAAGGCGAGGCUGUUUGUCCUCACCAAGACUCAGCUGUGCUACUACGACGGCAGGGCUGAGAGACGCUGCAGGAAAGGCCUGAUCGAGCUGAGCCGGGUCAGAUGUGUGGAGAUCGUCAAGAAUGGAGGAGAAGUCAUACCCUGUGAAAAUAAAUACCCCUUCCAGGUGGUGUAUGACUCCAACACUCUCUAUAUAUUUGCUGCCAGUCACAACAGCAGAAGUGUGUGGGUCCAAAGUCUGAAGAAGGAGAUUAAAAACAACAUGGUGAUCGUAGCAAAGUUCCACCCCCAAUUCUGGCAGGAGGGGGCGUGGCUUUGCUGCCGCCAGGAGGAAAAACUGGCCGUGGGCUGUGAGGAGUACAACUUGUUCGGAGACAUUUCCAGGAAACCCCUACCUCCCAUUCCUGGACAGCACAGAGAAGAGAGGACGUCUGGCCGGCCUCCUCCACCGCCGCCCCCCGGCCCUGAAGAGGAGGGUGAGGAUGAUGAAGACGAGGAGGAUGACAACAACGAGCAGGUGGUCAUAGCGCUGUACGAUUUCCCCGGCAUGGAGCCACAUGAUCUGUCUCUGGUCCAGGGAGGAGAAUACGUCAUCCUGGAAAAGUGUGAUGUCAACUGGUACAAGGCCCGCAACUCAUACGGAGAGGAGGGUUACAUCCCCAGCAACUACGUGACGGAGAAGAAACUGAACAACCUUCAGCAGUUUGUCUGGUACAGCAAACAUGUCAACAGGAACAAGGCAGAGGAGCUUCUUAGGAGGGAGGACAAGGAAGGAGCGUUCUUAGUCAGAGACUCCAGUAGUCCAGGAGCCUACACCGUCUCUCUCUACACCAAGUCUGUACCCGGGGAAGGCGGAGCAGCCAUUAAACAUUACCACAUCAAGGAGAUCGAAGGCUCAAUACGGCAGUUCUACCUGGCCGAGAAACACCUGUUCAACUCUAUCCCUGAUCUUAUAGAGUACCACAAACACAACGCCGCAGGUCUGGUAGCCAGGUUAAGGUAUCCGGUACGUAAACAGGACAGGUCUGCUCCGUCCACCGCUGGCUUCAGUUAUGCAAAAUGGGAGAUUAAUCCCAGCGAGUUGACCUUCAUGAAGGAACUGGGCAGUGGUCAGUUUGGACUGGUGCGACUGGGAAAAUGGAGAGCUCAGUACAAGGUGGCUAUCAAGGCCAUCAGGGAGGGAGCCAUGUACGAGGAAGACUUUAUCGAAGAGGCCAAGGUCAUGAUGAAACUGUCCCAUCCUAAACUGGUCCAGCUGUACGGCAUGUGUAGCCAGCAGCGGCCCAUCUACAUCGUGACAGAGCUCAUGGAGCUUGGCUGUCUGCUCAAUUUCCUCCGGCAGCGGCGGGGCAGUUUCGGUCUAGGGUCCUUACUGAGCAUCUGUCAGGACGUGGCUGAAGGCAUGGGGCACCUGGAGACUCACGGCUUCAUCCACAGAGACUUGGCAGCCAGAAACUGUUUGGUGAAUGAUUCUCUGGUGGUGAAGGUGUCAGAUUUCGGCAUGGCCAGGUAUGUGCUAGAUGACCAGUACACCACUUCCUCUGGAGCCAAGUUCCCAGUGAAGUGGUCUCCUCCAGAAGUCUUCAACUUCUGUAAAUACAGCAGCAAGUCAGACGUCUGGUCCUAUGGUGUGUUGAUGUGGGAGGUCUUCACCGAAGGGCGUAUGCCAUUCGAGCAGAGCCAGAACCACGAGGUGGUUGCCUUGGUAACACAGGGACACCGGCUCUACAGACCAAAACAGGCCCCGCCCACCAUGUAUGACAUCAUGCAGCUGUGCUGGCAUGAGAGGCCAGAGGAGCGCCCAUCUUUCUCUCAGAUCUGUCUGAUGAUCUCCAGCGCUCUGGAGGGCGACGCCCCUCCCUAGCUAAACCAACCAAUCAGCUACUCCACCACAAAGCCACAGCCAAUAAAAAAAAAACCAGCCUCUGAAUGACGCUCAAGAACUGGUUUAUUCUCCACCGGCGGAUGUCCAAAAUACCGCCAGCGUCACGGUGGGGGCGCUGUGGAGAACACUUUCCUAUCUACAAUCAUCAGUCACAGAAAACAGGCAGCGACAUAAAGACCAAACUCUGAAACGGACCAGUCAGGUGCUACCAGUCACAUCCUCCAGAAUCCACACACCUAUCCAACACGUCUCUGUCACUUCACAUCGUGUGGUACCCACAGAGACGUGGGCGGUGGACUCAUUCUAGUUUAAACACCGACGUUUGGACUGACCGCUUUAACUCUGGGAUCACACUGACAGAAAUCCAACCAAAAUGCCAAACUGACCAAGCAAAGCCCAUGAGCGGUAAGGUUAGGGAACUCAAAUGUAGUUCCUGUACUCCCAAAGGAAUCGGUACAGAGGUGGAUCGUACAUCACUUCCCUAGCAAGCGCUUACAUUCAUGUUUGUUGGUAUGAAAUCUUGAGCGGUACUCAGUUAACUGGAAUGACUUGGCAUUAGACCAGUCAAAACUGAGUCACUGGUGUUUUUCUGUGGAGGACAAUACUGUCUGACCGCUAUAGCCAAUAGUGUUGUAGUGAUGGGCGGGGCAUCAACAGUGCCAGUGCAUGAUUGGCUGCAGAUAAUUAACCUCGCAAUAAAAGUUCUACUGUAGCCAAACAAGAAGAGACUGUACGUGGUCUUUUCUUGUUUGUCUUUCUGGUCUUAGAAAAUGAAACGCCUGUUUGUUUGUUUGUUUGUUUGUUUGUUUGUUUUCAGACUCCAGCAUGUGAAUGCGUAUUUAUUCUUAACAAUAGUGCAAUUGUUAAGUAUUUUUGGCUAAUGAUUUGUAUCCUCAGAACAGUGACUCACUUACUUGAUUUAAUCCUCUUAUAUCCCUUGGGAGCAGAGGGCAUCUCUUCUGCACAGUGGACUUUACUUCUUGCCAGGAGGUCCCCAUCUUAUUUAGCUCUUCAAGCAUGAACCACCUCUAGUAGUUUCCGGUCUUCCUGGCUUCCCUGUCUUAUCAGUUUGGUUGGUCCGUGCAAAGAACACCAUAACCAGACUGCCAGAUCUAGAAUCGUGGAUGGCCUCCAUGCACUUCUGUGGAGCUCUGAGGCCUGAGAACAGCAUUAGGGUCAUUAGAUUACAUUACAUUACAUUACAGUCAUUCAGCCGACGCUUUUAUCCAAAGCGACUUACAAUAAGUGCAUUUAAGGUAGGAAAUCAGGAGAACUACUAGUCAUCAGAGGUCAUAAGUGCAUCUAAACAAGCAUCUAAGAGCAAAACCAGUGCUAAAGUAAAAGCACAAGAAAGAGAUUUGUUUUAAAUGAGUGAAUACAAUAAGUGCUAAGAACAAGUAACAGGGUAGUAGUUCUUGAAGAGGUGAGUUUUCAACCUGCGCUGAAAGAUGGGCAGGACUCCUCUGUCCUGACAUCAGUGGGGAGUUCAGUCCACCACUGUGGGGCCAGGACAGAACAGAGCCGGGACCGGGUCGAUCGGCAGCGGGGGCUUCUGAGCGACAGGGCAACCAGGCGUCCCGAGGCAGCAGAGCGAAGUGGUCUUGACCAUGGCCUGGAGACAGGAACAUCUACAUUUACUUGUUUAGAAAAGAUGCAUGUGCUCCUAUUUUCAACGGGAAAACAUGACAUUUCUCUACAGCAGCUCUGGAAUAUCUGAGUUGCUGCUGUCCCUCAUGUUUAUAUACUGAAGCCAGCAGUGCUGUCGGUCACAUUUCACAAGUACGUGUUGUGAAGACUUAUUCUUUAUGAGCAUGAGGGCUCCUUCCAUGACCGACUUUUUCUAUGCAUUAAAAGUAAUACAAGAUAAUACAUGUUGCAUCAAUAACAGAAAUAUAUAAUCUGGACGUUUUUUGCAAUAAACAAGACCUGCUU